GACUGACUUGUCUCUACAGCGACUACAGUGAAGAAAUAGUAAUGUCUGUGUUUCUCUCGAAGCACCACAGCAUGCGUCCUCGAGUUCUCGAUGCUACAGAUUGCCCACCUCACAAUAUCCUUCACGAUAUACAAACAUAUCCUCUAUUCUAUGAUGCUUUGUACCACCCGCAAUAUAAUGAAACUGUAUAUGCAACAGCCGAGAAAUUUUGUUGUUGGUUGCAACUAUCACUCGCCUCCCACUGUAGCAGCUUGUGUCUUAGAUGUGGUCCCCUUUAUCGAUCGGUCGCUGUAGUUUUUGAUGGGGUAGGUUUGUCUAACUAAACGCACAGAAUUUGCAAGCAUGUCGGAUGAUAUCCUUGUCAAGAGUCUCUUGACAGCACCUGUCCCACCUGCUUGCAGAAGAACACGGGGCACUUUGCUUGCUGCUGAGUUUCAGAAGUUGUACGGUCCUGAGGUGGCCACUGCUCUACACACUCCUCCUGUCAUCAGUGCAUCUCUUGCUAUCGAUUCAGCGGCUACGCAAGUCUCUGAAGCCAUGUCUUUGCCGUGGAUCUCUGCGUCUAUCGAUGAUCUCGCUCGCCAUUUAGAGAAGCUGAACCGCACCGACGGUUCGUCAAGACAUGUAUUCAUCGAUUUGCACCACGCUGUCGCUCGCUCUACAACAGACUCUCUCAUCAAAAACUUGUGAAUGCACUCGCUAAUCAUGUUCAGCAACGUGCACUAUCCCUAUAUAUUUCAUGCUGGAAUUUGACUCCCUCUCGGAUAAGGACAUUUUCCGUCAGAUUCUCACUCACGAGUUUGGUGUGCUUGUUACUGAACGUCUGUCACAAGAAAUUGUGUCGCACUCUGUCAAGAUCAAAUCAGCCCAUCUAGAACGAAAACAGAAUUCACUAGCAGACGUGAAUAGUAUUCGCACAGAACGAGAGCGGGAGUGGUCAAUGCCUGGUUCGAAAGAAGUCAUUUUUGAGUGUUUUGAUUGCUGUACAUACUCGAAUGUUGUAUAUUAA